AUGCUUGGAGGCGAUCGAAUACUUCCCCAGGGCCAGCGAGGCCGGGGCGCUGUCUCAGGCCAUGGCGAAGCGACGGAGCUCAGCGACGCGAGCAACGCGCUGGGCUGGCACCACGACGGGGCCACUGUCUGCACCAUGGCCGUGGCGCUGUCCUCCGCCGGGGAGCACUUCGACGGCGGCGAGCUGCAGGUGCGCGACCGCCAGCAGGGCAGGGAGCUGCUGCACACGGUGUCAGAUCUCCGGCGUGGUGACGUCGUCGCGUGGCGGGGCUGGGACGUGCACCGAGUGCGCCCAGUGCGAAGCGGCCGGCGGCGAGUGCUGGUGGCGGAAUGGUGGCUGGGGACAGGCUGCUCGGAGGCAGAUCCGAGGCCGCGCGACUCCGAAGAGGCCAUCUUGCGGGUGCUCCAGUCGCACGGCGACAGCGCCCAGCUUCACACGAUCCUCGGGGCGGAUCUGGCCGAAAGGGGAGACCUGGCUGGCGCGGAGAAGAGCCUCCGCACCGCAGUCGAGCUAGACCCUCGACACCUGGAAGCACAACACGGUCUCGCCUACGUCUUGGCACAGCGGGGGGAUAGGGCAGGUGCCGAGGAGGGGCUCCGGGCCGUCCUGCGCCUGGACCCGCAGCAGCCGAAAGUGCUGUACAACCUGGGCAAGGCUCUGGCAGAGCGCGGGGACUUCGCUGGUGCCGAAAAGACCUUCCGAGAGGCAUUGCGAUUGGACCCCGCAGCCGCCGCGCUGCACUACGCCUUGGCCGUGACCCUGUCGUCGCUGGGAGAUGCCGCAGGGGCCGAAGCCAGCUACCAGGCCGCAGUCCGACUGGGCCAGCAGCGCGAGGUGCCUCGGGACGGCCUGGACUCGCCGUCCCAGGUGCAGGCGGCCGUACCGACGGCCCCCUCGCCGAACGGCACGCCAGGCCCCAUGGGCGCGCCCAGGCGCGCACCUCCGUCGCGAAAGGUACCAACUGCGCCGCCGAGGGUGCCGCCGCGAGCGCCGCAGCGGUCGCCGCUGGGAGCGCCGCCAGGCGCGCCUCCGGGAACGCCUGCCGCCGCGCCUCCCGGCAUGCCUCCUGGGAGCUGGCUCCGGUCCAGGGGCUAG